AUGUAUGGAUGGCCACAGCAGGUUGGGCAAGCCUCAGCAGCAGUAUCGCGAUUAUGUGAAGCCGCAGUUGUGACCAAUCUAUCAACCCAACCACACUCUUGGGAAUUUCUUGAGGUCCAUUUAUCAGUGGUUGAUCGAGCUGCGUUGGCUUGUUGGGAUGAUGUGUGCCUCUGGGUCGUAUGUCCGGUCCGAGGCACUUUCCCUCCUCCUCUUGUCGAUUCAGGAGCCUCCAGUCCAGUCCUGCUAUCUCUCGGCACCCCGUCCUUCGCCCUUGCGCUCUGCCACAUCUCCCUCCCUCCACACACCACCUCCCCCACACCCACAUACAUCCACUACCACAACCCACCCCUGAUCCAUCAAGUUAGGCAUUCCUUCUUGCUCCACUACUUUGUUUCUCCCAAAGAAACCUUUAAUAUCCGAUUCUUAUCCUCCCAGAUUAGUCUUGGUUAG